UGCUCUCAUCGAAAAGUCUUGCAACCAACCCUUUUGAGUUUUGAUCCUGUUCCCACCGUUAAUGUCCUUUCUCCCUCUCUCUAUUUUAUUUUCUAACUUGGAAAAAAAAAUUAUGAAUAUGUCAAUAGCUAAGGUUGUCAUCAAGAUUAUUCCAGCUUGUGCUGAGCUAGAUUCUUGCUGAACAUGGUGUCUUGGUUCAAACUGGUCCUGUUGGAGCUGUAAGAGUAAUAAUAAAGGUUCAAUCUUCUGUCCUUGUUCUCCCUCUACUUCUGUGUGCUUGACUUGUGUGGUUUUGUGCUUGAUAAGUAGAAGCUCACUACUUUCUUUUCCUGUUUGUACCAGAGAUCUUCAUAAGAUUCGACUAGCUUCAGAAAGAGAAAAAUUUGAAAGAGAAAAAAAUCAUUCCCAGUGGUGUUCAUUUUAUUUCUAGAUGCCAUAAUGAUUGAUUGGAGUAAAUUUAGCUUCUUUAUCUGUGCUUUAUCUAUCUUGCCCUUGGUAUGCUUCUGUGCCACCUUUGUUCCGGUAGAUAAUUAUCUUAUAGAUUGUGGAGCACCUGCAAAUACUUCUGUAGAUGGCCGCAAUUUCAUAGCUGAUAGUUUAUCUAAGGAUCUUCUUUCCACACAACAAAAUAUUCUUGCCACUUCCUCCUUAAAAUCAAAUGCCUCUUCCUCUGAUGAUUCACCUCUCUAUCAAACUGCAAGAAUCUUCACUGGAUCAUCAAAGUACACUUUUCCUAUUCAGCAAAAGGGGAGACACUGGAUCCGUCUCUAUUUCUUUCCAUUCACUUAUCAAAAAUACAAUUUGAGUGCUGCAAAUUUCUCUGUUGCAACCCAAAACUAUGUGCUUUUUAGUAGCAUCAACAUGCAGAAAAAUCCUGUUAUGAAGGAAUACUCGGUUAAUGUGACCUCAGACACUCUUGUUAUCACCUUUACCCCUUCUGAUAAUUCCACUGCUUUUGUGAAUGCCAUUGAAGUUGUUUCUGUUCCUGAUGAUCUCAUUGUUGAUGAUGCUUCUGCGUUAGAUCCAUCAGCAACCUACUCUGGGUUGGUAACACAGGCACUGGAGACAGUUUGGAGGGUUAACAUGGGUGGUCCAAAUCUGUCCCCUUUAAAUGACUCCCUCCAAAGAACUUGGGUUCCUGAUCAAGGUUUCCUUUUGCAACCUAACCUUGCCUCAUCUGUUUCAAAUAUCGAUGCUGUUAAUUAUGAGCCAGGCGGGCCAACGAAAGACACUGCUCCAGCUACUGUUUAUGGUACUCUUACACAGAUGAACUCGAGCGGUGAUCCCCGUAAUAUUUUCAAUUUGACAUGGCAGUUUGAUGUGGAACCCGGAUUUCAGUACCUUGUUCGACUUCACUUCUGUGAUGUAGUCAGUAAAGCUCUCAAUGAACUCUACUUCAAUGUUUAUGUUAACUCCUUGUUUGCUGUCCAGAAUCUUGAUCUCAGUAUUAUAAGUAAUAAUAAUUUGGGUGCUCCAUAUUAUAAGGAUUUGGUUACAGCCUUAGCUGUCAGCAAUAAACUUCGCGUAAGUGUUGGCCCUACUAAUUUAAAUAAGGGCUAUCCUAAUGCCAUUUUGAAUGGGCUUGAGAUCAUGAAAAUGAACAAUUCUAUGGGCAGUCUUAGCUCAGCAGGAGCUCCUGUGGCUAUUACCUCGGGUUCAAGUUCUAAGAAAGUUGGCGUGAUUGUGGGUGUGACUAUUGGGGCAUUUAGUGCAGUGAUCUUGGCUGGAGUUUUCUUUGUACUAUGCAGGAAGAGAAGACGGUUGAUACGACAAAAGCAGUCAAAGACAUGGGUUCCUUUGUCCGUCAACGACGGAACUACUACCCAUACCAUGGGAAGUAAAUAUUCUAAUGGCACAACAAUAAGUGCUGCUUCAAACUUCGAGUACCGAGUCCCUUUUGUGGCAGUUCAGGAGGCUACAAACAAUUUUGAUGAGAGUUGGGUUAUUGGGAUAGGUGGUUUUGGGAAAGUGUACAAGGGAGAAUUAAGUGAUGGCACAAAAGUGGCAGUUAAGAGGGGAAAUCCACGGUCCCAGCAGGGGCUAGCAGAAUUCCAAACUGAAAUUGAAAUGCUAUCUCAGUUCCGUCAUCGUCAUUUGGUGUCUUUGAUUGGGUACUGUGAUGAAAAGAAUGAAAUGAUCUUGAUCUAUGAAUAUAUGGAGAAAGGAACUCUCAAGAGUCAUCUAUAUGGUUCAGGUCUCCCAAGCUUAAGUUGGAAAGAGAGGCUUGAGAUAUGCAUUGGAUCUGCUAGAGGACUUCAUUACCUUCACACUGGCUAUGCUAAAGCAGUUAUUCACCGUGAUGUCAAAUCUGCCAAUAUCCUACUUGAUGAGAACCUAAUGGCUAAAGUUGCUGAUUUUGGAUUAUCAAAGAAGGGGCCUGAAAUUGACCAGACACAUGUGAGCACGGCUGUCAAAGGGAGUUUUGGGUACCUUGAUCCUGAGUAUUUCAGGAGGCAACAACUAACAGAAAAGUCAGAUGUGUAUUCAUUUGGGGUAGUUCUGUUUGAAGUUCUUUGCGCAAGACCUGUCAUUGAUCCAUCCCUUCCUAGAGAAAUGGUAAACUUGGCUGAAUGGGCAAUGAAAUGGCAGAAGAAAGGACUGUUGGAGCAAAUCAUAGAUCCAACACUUGCUGGCAAAAUCAGACCAGAUUCUCUUAGGAAAUUUGGAGAAACUGCUGAAAAAUGCUUGGCUGACUAUGGUGUUGACAGGCCUUCUAUGGGAGAUGUCUUAUGGAAUUUGGAGUAUGCUCUCCAACUUCAAGAGGCUGUGGUUCAAGGUGAUCCUGAAGAUAACAGCACCAAUAUGAUUGGUGAACUCUCUCCACAGGUCAACAAUUUCAACCAUGAUGCAAGUGUUUCUGCUGUACAGUUUGAAGGUUCAAAUGUGGAUGAUCUAUCUGGUGUUUCUAUGAGUAGGGUGUUCUCACAGUUGGUGAAGUCUGAGGGUAGAUAGAUGGCUUUGAAUAUCCUAUCUUCUAAUUUCUGUAUUACAGUACCCUUCAUUUAUGAUUUUGUUAUUUGUCUUCUGAUCAGUAGUUCUCUGCCCCGACAUGUUCAUUAGGCACUUCGUAGAUUUGUAAAGAAAGAUUUGAGUUAAUGAAACAUGUUUGCAUAAUUGGUAUGAGAGGAAUCUCCUUGUUAAAUCUUUGACAUGCGAGGUUUGAAUUGGACUAUUUUGAAACUUCAGGGUAAGUUGUGCAACUAUUCAGAUGUACCUUGUCAGCAAGAGAAAUGCCUGAAUCAACAAGUUUGGCAAUGUUAUCUGAUUAAACUACCAUGAAGAGUUGGGUUACAUGUUUUGGUUUUGUAUCAUUUAUAUUUUUGUGACCAGAGAGGAUGUGAUAAGAGUAGCAUGCAGUUUCUCUGAUAUAAUUCAGCAUGCUGUAUUUUCAUUUGUUAUUAUGUAUUUGCUGUUAAUAUGAGUUGCAUGGUUUAUUAUAUUUUGGGAGUCAUUUACUUUCCUCCAUUUUAUUUCUUAUGUAUUUGCUGUUAAUACAGGCUGCAUGGUUUAAAUCUUUAUACAUUGGCAAUGUACCUUUUUAUUCAUUAGCAUUUACAAAUAAUGUGGUAUUGAUACUUUUAACCUCUUUCGUGGAUAUUUCAAGAAUCAAUUUC